AUGCAUUUCAAAACCUUGAUCGCGACAGCCAUAACUGGUUCGGCCCUAUUCCCCUGCGUCCUGGCCGUCCACGAAUGCUUCACCACUAUUCAUGCCAAGACACCGUUCCGGUCGUCGUAUUCACCCGAGUACUACAAGGCAUCUCUUCUCCAAAUGAGACCCGGGGAGGAUUAUUACUUCAAAAAUCCAUCACCCUUUGAGGGAUGUCUUGUCAAGUUCGACGAGGAAUGCACCCAGCUGAUAUGGGAGCGCUUGUUCGACUUUCCUGAGACUACUGCGUGUCCACCUGCCGACGCCAAAGUUGACGUACCGACGAGGAAAGAGGUGGCACCUCCCGGCACAAAGACAAAACUUAAUUAA